UUCCAACCUUCCUCCCACCUCACUUCCCUCUCUCCCACCUUUUCGGACUCCACAAUUUCUCUUCUUCUUCUUCUUCUUCUUCUUCUUCUUCUCUAUAAUACAACAAAGAAAACCGCCUCUCUCUCUAGACUAGAGUUCUCUAUCUCGUUUUCUAGAGCUGAAAACCGCUUUCUGUUUAAUUAAUCUCUGUUUUCUACAUAAUUUUUGGAAACAGAUCUAAGUGUAAGCGAAAAAUGAAAGGUUUAAGCUUGUUCGAGCGAGCUUCUAGAUCCUUCCAUGGCUAUCCUUUCCUCUCUAAGUUUAUUGUGGUUUGCGCCGUCAGUGGUGGGGGACUUGUAGCCUAUGCUGAUGCAAACUCAUCCAAUGGAGUACAUGCUUUGGCAACACCUGAGCCGGUGAGCAAGAAAAAAAAGGUCGUUGUGCUUGGAACUGGUUGGGCAGGAACAAGUUUUUUGAAGAAACUAAAUAGCCCAUCAUAUGAUGUUCAAGUGAUAUCACCUCGUAACUACUUCGCGUUCACUCCCUUGCUACCAAGUGUUACAUGUGGUACGGUGGAAGCUCGCAGCAUCGUUGAACCUAUUCGCAACAUUGUCAGGAAGAAAAAUGUCGACAUUUGUUUCUGGGAAGCUGAAUGUUUCAAGAUUGAUGCAGAAAACAAAAAAGUUUACUGUCGAUCUAACCAAAAUGCAAACAUGAAUGGGAAAGAAGAAUUCGUUGUAGAAUAUGACUACCUCGUAAUAGCCAUGGGAGCUCGACCAAAUACAUUCAACACACCUGGAGUGAUGGAGUAUUGCAAUUUCUUGAAGGAGGUUGAAGAUGCUCAGAAGAUCCGUAGGUCUGUUAUUGACAACUUUGAGAAGGCCAGUCUACCAAAUUUAAGCGACGAAGAGAGAAAAAGAAUUCUUCAUUUUGUAGUGGUUGGUGGUGGUCCAACUGGUGUGGAAUUUGCUGCAGAGCUUCAUGAUUUUGUGAAUGAGGAUCUAAUCAAAAUAUAUCCUUCAGCUAAAGAUUUCGUAAAAAUAACACUUCUUGAGGCAGCAGAUCAUAUUCUGAACAUGUUUGACAAAAGAAUCACAGAUUUUGCUGAAGAAAAGUUCAGAAGAGAUGGCAUUGAUGUGAAAUUAGGGUCAAUGGUUGUGAAAGUAUCUGAUAAAGACAUUUCUACUAAAGUAAGGGGGAGUGGAGAAACUACUUCUAUACCUUAUGGAAUGGUUGUCUGGUCAACUGGAAUUGGAACUCAUCCUGUCAUUAGGGACUUCAUGAGGCAAAUUGGUCAGAAUAACAGGCGUGCUCUAGCAACUGAUGAGUGGCUGAGAGUUGAGGGAUUUAACAAUGUAUACGCCCUUGGUGAUUGUGCAACAAUUAACCAGCGUAAAGUCAUGGAAGAUAUCUCAGCAAUAUUUAAGAAGGCAGACAAGGACAAUUCUGGAACACUCACAGUAAAAGAAUUUCAAGAAGUCAUUAAUGACAUUUGUGAAAGAUAUCCCCAAGUGGAACUUUAUUUAAAGAACAAAAAAAUGCGCAAUAUUGUUGAUCUGCUGAAGGAAGCCAAAGGGGAUGUUGCAAAAGAAUCUAUUGAAUUAAAUAUCGAGGAGUUUAAAACAGCUCUUUCUGAAGUGGAUUCUCAGAUGAAGAAUCUUCCAGCAACAGCGCAGGUUGCGUCUCAACAAGGUACCUACCUUGCCAAUUGCUUCAACCGCAUGGAAGAAGUUGAGAAUAAUCCAGAAGGCCCUCUCAGGUUCAGGGGAGAAGGUCGCCAUCGAUUUCGCCCCUUCAGGUACAAGCAUCUUGGUCAAUUUGCUCCACUAGGGGGAGAGCAAACGGCAGCACAACUUCCCGGUGAUUGGGUUUCAAUUGGACACAGCACUCAGUGGCUUUGGUAUUCUGUCUAUGCUAGUAAGCAAGUAAGCUGGCGUACAAGGGCAUUGGUUGUGUCUGACUGGACAAGGCGUUUCAUCUUUGGAAGGGAUUCCAGUAGGACAGCAAAUAAUUAACAUCAGGUUCUGGAGCUUAAGCAUUGAAGCACAUACUGUUCACAGUAGAAAUGAAGAAGUUCUGCUUUCACAUUAUUUUCUGCUCUAAUCAAUUCUUUGAAUAAUCACGUAAAGAACCCCCUCGGUGGUUUAGCAGUGAUAGUAAGUUGGCAUCUUUUGUUAAUGCUCGGAGUAAUUACUUGUUCAUUUGUUAUUGAUUUUUUGACAAAAUUGAGUACCUCAUUUUGCUGCUAAAAAUUACUUGAAAAUUUAGAUGA